GACAUGAUACAAAAUUUUUGAACUUGAAGCAAAAUAUCUUGGGUGGUGUGACGUCCUCUUUUCUUAGUUUCCCCACCAUAUUACAAGUAUUUGUUCUUAGAUCGCUCCCUCAUUUUCCUUUUUCCCUCUUUGCUUCGAUCUGGGUUCUUCGUGCUCGUCAAUUGAAUUUAAUUAGAGGUCGAAGAAGAUCAAAUCAAUGGCUGCUCCACCUGCUAGGGCUAGAGCCGAUUAUGACUAUCUCAUUAAACUUCUCUUGAUCGGUGAUAGCGGUGUGGGUAAGAGUUGCCUUUUGCUGCGUUUUUCUGAUGGAUCUUUCACCACAAGUUUCAUAACAACCAUUGGCAUUGAUUUUAAGAUACGAACCAUAGAACUUGAUGGCAAACGGAUCAAACUUCAAAUUUGGGAUACAGCUGGUCAGGAACGCUUCCGAACAAUUACUACUGCUUAUUACCGUGGAGCCAUGGGCAUUUUGCUGGUGUAUGAUGUUACUGAUGAGUCAUCUUUUAACAAUAUAAGGAACUGGAUCCGCAAUAUUGAACAACAUGCUUCAGACAAUGUCAACAAGAUUUUGGUUGGCAACAAGGCAGACAUGGAUGAGAGCAAAAGGGCUGUUCCCACUUCAAAGGGGCAAGCUUUGGCUGAUGAGUAUGGAAUCAAAUUCUUUGAAACAAGUGCUAAGACGAAUUUGAAUGUGGAGGAGGUCUUCUUUUCAAUAGCAAGGGAUAUCAAACAGAGACUUGCAGAAUCUGAUUCCAAGGCUGAGACUCCUGGUGGCGGACUCAAGAUCAGUGCUACAGACUCAGGUGCCCCAGCCCCAGCUACUCCCAAAUCUGCUUGCUGUGGCUCUUAAGCUAGUUUAAAUAAUUUUGGCACAGGAUGUGAAGGAUUUUGCCUGAAAAACUAUUUAUGAUGCAGUAUCACGGGUGCCUUUAGCUCUCCUAAUCAUUAAUUUCUGCUAUCAUUUCCAGUGUUAAUGGUAGUUCACUUGUAUGCAAAAUUUAUAUUGAUAUCUUUCUCUUUACUUUGUUGGUCACCCUUCAGACCUCACUGAGAAAAUUUCCUGCUUAUUCAUGUAGAAAGUAAAAGCCACAUGUUUAAAAAUGUUUUGGAAACUAAUGAUGGAUCCUGGCUUCCUCGGGAGGUUUUUUAUUUUUUUUUUCCCUCUCUUUUACGUUUGUGGAUCCUUAAGCUGUUUAAGGUGUUAUUGUAAAUUACUUAGAAGCCACUAGUCUUUCUGAAGGCUGAUGUUUCUAGUUUGGUUUAAAAGAAAUCGUGUGUAAUACGUAAGGCUUUACAUGUAUAUUCAUCAUUAUUUUCAGUUGAUACA